AUGCUCGGACAUAGUUUCUACCUGCCACACGAAGAAAUCGAGCCUGUGCUGCAGCGAACGGGUCUUGCGGACCGCUACAACGGCGAAUUCAUGUACGUUUCACCUAUACACGUCGAUCGUUUCCUGAAAGCCUUGCUCUUUCAGUUCUUCAAAGCCACAACGAGAGCUACCUUCAAGUACUACCAGGACCUGUGUUCACCCAACAAAUUCACAAAAUUGUCCCGUGACAGAUUACUUGCCACGUCUAUCGUGUUGAUAAUCGUGGCUGGUUCACAGCAGAGCAAGGCAGUCGAGAAAGCAGUUGCUAGACACCGUCGUGGUCAGCAAGUUGACAAAGACGAAGUCUAUAAGCAAAUCCAGGAGAUUGAGGACUAUAUCAACGAUCUUAUCAUUGAACUGUGGCGAUACAAGUUUGAAGGUCCGCGCAAAUGGGACAAGGACGACUCUCGUGACCGCGUCCGUGCACAUGCAGCCAAACAAUUCGAUCUUAUGGGCAGAUUCAAAUCAUCGUACCAACCAUUCGUGAAUGAUCUCGAGGGCUUGUCAACAGAGCUUCCUUCAGACAUCAACGAUCGAAAGUUCGGCAUCCAAAAUAUUGAUAGAUUGCUCAGGAAAUUCUAUCUCGCUGUAUUCCCUACAGAUGUGGUACCAGAUCCUGACGACAAAGUGAAGACAUAA